CAAAGUUCAUAAAAACUUGGCUAUAGAAUAGAAUCGCACAGUCUUAAAAUGUACAUGUUGAAACUAUCAUUCAUUCUGCUAUUUUUGGGAUUCGUCAAGUUUUCGUGGCAGGACAAACAAGUUCCCAAUGUGAGUACACUUACAGGAAACAUUCGUGGUUAUUAUAAGAAAUCUCGACACGAUAGAUUAUACGAAGCUUAUGAAGGCAUUCCUUAUGCGCAAUCUCCAGUUGGUAAAUUUAGAUUCCAACCACCUCGACCAAUAAAAAAAUGGUCGAAAGAUCUAUCAGCCACAAAGAAAAGUUCCGUUUGCAUGCAAUAUCUUAUGACUUUUAAGGCACAGAAUGGAAACAGAGUGCAAGGUUCUGAAGAUUGUUUGUACAUAAAUAUUUACGUACCAGUUAGAAAUAAUAGAAAACCAUUAUUACCGGUGAUGUUUUGGAUUCACGGAGGCGCCUUCCAGUUUGCCAGUGGGAACGAAGCAAACGAGACAUUUUUAAUGGACCGUAAUAUUGUGUUCGUUGCGAUUAAUUAUCGUUUAGGACCAUUUGGUUUCCUUAGUACUGGAGAUAUUAUAGUACCUGGAAAUAUGGGAUUGAAAGAUCAAAGUAUGGCUUUACGUUGGGUGUUUAAUAAUAUUAGAAAUUUCGGUGGUGAUCCAAAUAAAAUAACAAUUUUUGGAAUAAGUGCGGGUGGCGCUAGUGUUCAUUAUCACUAUUUAUCACCUAUGAGUGCCGGUCUUUUCAAAAGAGGAAUAUCGAUAAGUGGUGUAGCAUUUUGUCCUUGGGCACAGACGAAGCAUGCUGCUGAAAAAGCUAAAAAAUUGGGUGCUCUUAUGAAAUGUCGGACAGAUGAUAUGAAAAAAAUGGUCGAUUGUCUUCGAAGUCGACCUGCCCGAAUUAUAGCACAAGCUGUUGGCGAUUUCAUGUUUUGGUUGUAUAAUCCUUUCACCCCUUUCGGACCAGUUGUUGAAACAUAUGGAUCCAAUCCCUUUAUUUCCAAUUCUCCAAUUAAUAUUAUCAAUAAUGGUCAAGCUUAUGAUGUUCCUUGGAUCUCUGGCGUAGUUAGCAAGGAAGGAUUAUUCACUGCUGCAGAAUUUAUCAGCAAUGCCAAAUUGUUACGGCAUUUGAACGAUCAUUGGGACGAUAUCGCACCAUAUUUGCUCGAUUUUAAUGAUACUAUUCCGCUAAAUCAGCAUAGGCAAGUGGCGAAAAAAAUUAAAAAUUAUUAUCUGGGAUCAGGUCCAAUUAAUUACGACAAAGUAGGAUCAAUAAUACAAAUGAUGAGUGAUCGAUUGUUCAACAUCGAUUUCGAGAAAGCUGUUAGGUUACAAGCAAGAAUUAACAAGAGCCCAGUGUGGAUAUAUUAUUAUAAUUAUAGAGCUAAACAUAGUGUUAGUGAAAUUUUGAGCGGAGGUUCAACUACAAAUUACGGAGUAAGCCAUGGCGAUGAUACAUUUCUUGUGCUUGAUUCAAUUAUUUCAAACACAACGAAACCACAGGAUUUGGCUAUGCAACAGUUAUUGAUCAAUUUUUAUACAUCGUUUGCUAUAAAGGGUAUUCCACAUAUAGACGAAGCUACAUGGCCAUCAUUAAAUCCUAAUGAUCCUGAUUUUCGUUAUCUAUAUAUAGUUAAUUUCACAAACAUAAAAAUGGAAGUUAAUAAUAAUUUCGCUAAUAAAAACUUUUGGAAAACGAUUCCUUUUGACGAAAAUAAGCUAAAUUAGAAGAGAGAUAAAUUAAUUUGAAGUUUAGAUUAUUUGCUAUAUAAUUCAUAAUUGUAUUUUUGCAGGUCUUAUAAAAAUUGGUGAAAUAAAUUUAAACUCAAAUUAAUUUAAAAAAAUUUUUUUUUCCAAUGCAAUUACGUCAUUUUUUCAGACUGAUUUAUUGGAAUUAUGUUACGAAUUGAAAUAAGGUAGUUCUUCAAAUUU